AUGGCUGAUAUUCGCAUUCGUGUCACAUUUGAUAGGGGUCAUCUAUUAACGAGUGGGAUCCAAGUGUUAGCACGUGCCGCCCGCACAGUCCAGGCCCGCAUCCACGUUUUAUGUCACCGCACUGCCGCCGCGGCUCGUGCGGUCGCCGGCGCUUCAAACGAUUACGUGAGAGAAUCAAUUCAGAACGGAUCAUUGUUAAUCUACAAGAACUUAUAG